UGUGAGUGUCAAAAUUCUGUCAUUUAGUGAAAAGAAGAACAUAAUUCGUUGAAAGAGCAAUAAAAUACAAUUAGUUAGUUAAUAUUAAUACUUAAGCAUUUAGAGGCACUUAGCACGUUGCAAUCGAGCUUCAAUUAUGGGUGGGGUGCUCAGUUAUUUUCGUGGUCUGCUCGGAUCCAGGGAGAUGCGUAUAUUAAUACUGGGUCUAGAUGGCGCCGGCAAAACAACAAUACUGUACAGGCUGCAGGUUGGUGAGGUUGUGACGACGAUACCCACAAUUGGCUUCAACGUGGAGCAGGUCACAUACAAGAACCUCAAGUUCCAAGUCUGGGACUUGGGUGGACAAACAAGUAUUAGACCCUACUGGCGUUGCUAUUACAGCAAUACAGACGCCAUCAUAUAUGUGGUAGACUCGGCGGAUCGGGAUCGCAUUGGCAUUUCCAAGGAUGAGCUAUUGUACAUGUUGCGGGAGGAGGAGCUGGCGGGUGCGAUACUCGUUGUGCUUGCCAAUAAACAGGACAUGGACGGCUGCAUGACCGUCGCCGAGGUGCAUCAUGCGUUAGGUCUGGAGAAUCUGAAAAAUCGCACAUUUCAAAUAUUCAAAACUUCGGCCACCAAGGGCGAAGGACUCGACCAGGCCAUGGACUGGUUAUCCAAUACGCUACAGAGCCGCAAAUAGUCAUGUCCGACUCCCAUCCAAAAUACGCCUGCCCCCUUGUAAAAUUGUCCAAAGUGUCACCCAGAGAGAGAGAGUUGGAAAUUCUUUAAAUGCUUGCGCAAAAAAAAAAAAAA